CCGCUCCUUUCUGCGAGGAGCGCCCCGUCUGAUGAGUGCCCCUGGCGCCCCAAGUGGGUAUGGAUGCGCGCAGCCAAGUUGCUCCAACGCUAGGCGGUGCUGGCGCUGCACCUGUCAGCAGCCUCAGCCACGCUGAAUACAACUUGACACUGCCUGGCUCCUGUGGAGACGCUGAUGGAGAGCAACCCUGGCCUGCAACUGCACCACGCUGCUCUUUUACGUCCGUCAACCCGCCGCUCGUUUGGUUCCCUUUCGCUCUCCCGCUCUUUGCUGCGCGCGCCGCCUGCUUGACGCCCGUCUCUGCGCAAAACACCACGCCGCCCUCGCCCGCAGCAACUUUUCCACAGGGCUGACAGCAUCCCCGGAGGGCCCGUACCCAGUGCAAGCCUGAGGCAGCCUCGGAGGUUUUUGUUGCGCGGCUGGAUGCGGUAGCUCCAUCAUGGACCAGUGGAAUACGAACAAGCUCCCUGAGCGCCUGCCCUUCUCCAAGAAGCGCCUGCCCAAGAGGGUCAUAUUCUCUUACAUCCUCGACUAUGUCGUUAUCUUCGUCCUCCUCGCCGUGUUCAUGCUUGUCGACAAGAUCGAGCCCUUCCAUCAGCCCUUCGCCCUCGAGAACUGGACCCUGCACUAUCCGUAUGCGAAGCACGAGCGCGUGACCGUCACCAUGGCGGCCGUCUUCGCCAUCGGCUUCCCUAUUGUCAUCAUCACCUUCUACACCAUGGUGAUCGACGGCAUAUUCUCGCACCAGACACCCAUGCCAGCGGGCAGAGGAGGAUUGAAGCGCCUCACCGGUCGCUACAGGCUCAAGGACAGACUUUGGGAAUUGAACUGUGGGCUGCUCGGCCUCAUGCUCAGCGUAGGCGCGGCUUUCACUAUCACGGGAGCAUUGAAGAAUGCGAUCGGAAAGCCCCGCCCGGAUAUCGUCGACCGGUGCCAGGUCAAGGAGGAAGUAUGGAAGGCGUUCCACGAUAACUACCCCAGGGUCGUCAUGGCUACAGUUGCGGAUUGCAUGCAAUCGGACAAUUACAUCUUGCAGGAUGGCUUUAAGAGCUUCCCGUCAGCGCACAGCAGUGUUUCGUUCGGGGGUCUCUUCUACCUUUCCAUCUAUCUCGCCGCGAAGCUCCACGUACUCGACUCAAAGGGCGAGGUGUGGAAGUCGUUCAUCGUUCUCGUGCCGACGCUCGGGGCCGCGCUCAUUGCCGGAAGUCGCAUCAUGGACGCCCGCCACCACCCGUUCGACGUUCUAUCUGGUAGCUUGAUGGGCAUUCUGGUAGCAUGGGGUUCUUACCGUCAAUACUUCCCUCCAGUCUCGGAAACAUGGCGCAAGGGCCGGGCGUAUCCUAUUCGAGCCUGGGGUAAAGGCCCCGCCAUGCCUCCACCGACUGCAGUGAUUGCAGAUGAUAUACAACCGCUGCGUCCUGUGCGAUCAGCAACAGACGAGGAGCGGGGUACCUCGUCAGCUAUUCCGGGAGCUGAUGGGCACAGUGGCAAUGUCUUCCGACAGCAGAUAUCUCAAUCGCAGAGGCGGAGAGAGGAGGAGUUUGGCGGAAUACAACCGAGCGACACGAUGAGCUCGACAUACUCGUCCAAAGUCGCUGGAUACCAGGGACAGCUUCCAGCCUCAAAUCCCUUCACAGAGGCCAGCCGACGCAGACAGGAUAAUUACGAAUACUCUUCUUCCGAGGACGACGACAACAUCGAAUUGCAACCCUCAUAUUCCCUUUCUGGUCGACCGUUGGCAGGCCAGCGCGGGGCUAAUUAUGACCCUGUAGCCGGCCGCCUAACAGAUACCGGAUAUCAUCCUCCCCAGGGUAUUACGCCCACUCCAACACCUCCUCCGGUCCGAACGACUGGAGAUAUCGCAGAAGCAAGAGGCGGGCCAGCGCCGCCGCCUGCCCAUGCUGUAGGGACCACGACGCAGCAGGUAUAGCAGGAGGAUGAGGGUGUUCAGAAUAUAGGGCAUUUCAGCAUUUGUGGGUGUGCAUGUGUGCAUGCCAAACAGCGCGUUGAACGACUAUGCAUAACUGGAGCCAUGGGACCCAGGCGUUUUUAUGUUUGGACGGAAUUUGUUGUAAGCAAACUGUUGAUGAUUGUCUUCUCAGCGCUGGCAGUAAGCUGGCAGAUUUUGUAUAUUGGUGUUGGGCCGGAUUUAUACAACGACGCCCUGGUAUGGUGGCUUCACUUCACGCGGAGAUGUGGUAAUGUACUCUUCAGCAGUCCCCAGAAGCCGUCCAUGAUGGGGCUCACGGUGCGCCACUUGUCUCCCCCUGGACGCGUGGCUGGUGAAGGGUGGCGCGUGCGGACUUUGCAUAUUGACGUAGAUCAGGCAGGGAUAUGGAAUGGCGGCGGUCCGACCCCCGUUACCGCAGAUUGAACAUGGGCCAUGGG